AUGGGUUUAUCUCAUGAAAUUUUUAUGAAUGCUGGUGGUAGUGGUAAUGGUACAGUUAAUGAAACAUCUGCUUUUGUUGCGAAUAGUGGUGGACGUGGUCCUAAAAAGUGCUUUAACUGCAACAAACCAGGACACUACGUUAAAGACUGCCGUUUACCAUUAACUGAACAAUAUAAAGAACGAAAAGCUAGACAUGAUGCCCAAAGAUCAAUCAAUAAGAGUGAAAAUGUUAGACGAACAGCUUGGUUCGGUUUUCUUGGAAGUGAUGAAAGCUAUGAAGGUAUAUUUAUAGAUAGCGGUGCUACCCAACAUAUAUUUAAAGAGAGAAACAUGUUUAAAACUUACACACAGGUCCAAGAUCAGUACAUUAAAGGCAUCAAUGAUUUACCUAUUCCUAUUGAAGGGACAGGUUCUGUUGAAAUUAUGUUGAAGAAUAAUACAUUAUUAACCCUUACUGGUGUGUUACACAUACCAUCGUCUGCUGCAAACUUAAUUAGUGUUUCUCAAGCAACUGAUACUGGUGCCCAAUUCUUAUUUUUGAAUGAUACUGUUGUUGAUUUGAAAUUAGAUCCAGAUUUUAUCUUGGGUAGAAAAGCCCAUGGAAAACUUAAUGAACUUCAAAUUGCUGGUACUAAUGAUUACACAUCUUCUGGUUUUGUGUUCCGUUCAAUUAAAGCUGGAUUACCUAGCUCAAUUUGGUAUCUGCGCUUAGGUCAUCCAAACCUUAGUGUAUUGAAUGGUUUAAAAAGGUAUGGAGUGGUUAUGACUGAAACACAAAAUGUGAAAGACUGCGAAGCAUGUCUUCGUACAAAAUCCAUCAUGAAGAAACCAAAAGAUUCUAAAUUCAUAGCAAAGCAUCCGCUUGAGCUCAUCCACGCUGACUUAAGUGGUCCAUUUCGUUACAAAGGCCGUGAUCUGGAAACUUUCUUUUUAACUAUAGUUGAUUCAUAUAGUAAUUUUACCAAAGUUAUUCCCAUUCAAGAUAAAUCACAAUCAACAGAUGAAUUAAUAAACUUUAUCAAGUAUACUGAAAGAUACUUUGCUGCCAAAGGGUUAGGUUUUGUGUGUGGUGCUGUUAGAACAGAUCAUGGAGGAGAAUUUGUUAAUAAUAAACUUAACCAAUUUUUUCAGGAGUCAGGAAUUCAUCAUCAACUCACCAUCCCCCAUCAGAGCUUCCAGAACGGCAAGCUGGAAAGAUUUCACCGCAGUCUCCAGACCAAAGGGCGUUCGAUGCUAACGGCUGCCAAUUUACCUGAAUGUUUUUGGCCAGAUGCCAUUACAACUGCUUGCUAUCUCAUGAAUAGGUUACCAAACAAAGUUAAAUCUGAUACUUCCUUGUCCCUAUUCUAUAAAGUUAAGACGGAUUUUUCGCAUUUAAGAGUUUUUGGGUGUAUCGCCUAUGCUACAAUUCCAUCGGAUCUCCGAGAUGGAAAAUUCGGUGAUACAGCAAAAGAAAUGAUGUUUAUCGGUUAUGCUGAUGAUACAAAUAAGUAUCAACAUGGAGGUUAUAUAUUAUUUGACCCUUUAACUGAAGAUUAUGUUGUUAGCUCACAAGUGAAGUUUUUAGAGGAAAGGUAUUAUUAUCCCAAGCUUCCUGCUCAAGACGCUGAAUAUCCAACUAUUUCAGGGGGUUCUGGUGUUAAGAGCUUUAAAGGUGGUUACCAAAAGCCACUUGGAGGAAUUUCUGGUAUACUUCCUCCAAAAGCAGGUGAUGUUGAUGAAGAUAAUGAUAUAUCAAUGUCUAAAUCGGAUCAGAGUUAUGCUGAAUCUGAUAUCCCUGAAGAAGACAUGGAGAGUACAACCCCAAAACACUCUGGUAUUGACCCUGACUCUGCCAAAAUUGAUGAACAACACUCUGAUAGUGAACCUGAAUCUGCCAAAAAUGAUGAACAAUGGCAAGUUGUUCGCUCUAAAAGGGCUGCUAGUCGCUCUCCAUCUCCACCAUCUUCACCUAGUGUUCCUACUGCUGCAAACCCAUUUGCACCCUUAGCCAAUUACAAAGAGUCUUUACCAUCAAUUGCGUUUGACUCAGAUCCACUUUUAUUGUUGAAACCAACUCCAGCUUCCGAGAGGGAAAAACGCAUCACCAAGAAAGCUAAAGUUACACCAAUGGUUAGAAAUGUUGAUGAUGAUGAUUCAUGUGUUCCAGUUAUUGAAGAACCUGAAGAUGAAGGUGAUGCUAUAAAUGAAUCUGAAGUUGGUAGUGCUAUGAAGCAAAUUUCAUAUCCAAGUGUUAAUUUAGCUGCUACUGCAUUUAUGGCUGCUGUUAAUAAAGGUAUUAUUCCAAUGACUUUUGCUCAAGCUAUGAAGCUUCCAAAUGCUGAUGAAUGGAAAGAAGCAUUUGAUAAAGAAUGGUCAGCAAUAAAAGACAAUGAAACAUUCUCAUACUCCAAAUGUCCUCCUGGUAUCAAACCAAUUAAAUGUAAAUGGGUAUGCUCAAUCAAAGACACGGGAUUGUGUAAAUGUCGUCUUGUCCUGAAAGGAUUUUCUCAGAUCAAAGGUAUAAACUAUGAGGAGACAUUUAGCCCUGUGAUUCGUGCAGAGGCAGUUAGAAUUUUUCUUGCUACUGCUGCUUCAUUGAAAUUAGUUGUGCAUCAAAUGGAUGUUUCAAAUGCGUUUCUCAACGGGAAACUUGACGGUGAGGAGUUAUAUAUGGAACAGCCUGAUGGUUAUAAAGUUGAUAAUGGUAUGGUUUUAAAGUUAAACAAGAGUCUUUAUGGGCUCAAGCAGGCUCCUAUGGUCUGGAACCGUACUAUAAAUCAGAUCUUAAUUAACCUUGGUUUUAAAAGAAAUGAAGCAGAAAUGGGUCUUUAUUACAAGGCUUCGGGGUCCAACAUAGUUUUAUUGGGUCUUUAUGUAGAUGAUAUAUUAGUUGCUUCUAACUCUAGUGAUUUAUUAGAUGAAGUUAAAGGAUGCUCAAAAUCUGCUUUCAAAACUAAAGAUUUAGGUCCAAUUAAGAAAUUUUUAGGUUUAAAUAUUGAACAACAUGAAGAUUUCUCCAUUUCAUUGAAAUUGACUGAUUAUAUUAAUACUAUUGCUCAAGAAUUAGGCUUUGAAGAUGUUAAAGGUGUUUCGAUUCCAUUGAGUGUUGGCACAAAUUUAUCUGGUCCAGAUGUUGAGAAUUCUCCUGAGAUAGAUUCUACAGAGUUCAGAAGUAUUGUCGGGAAGUUGCUUUACGCCAGUAAUUCUGGUAGAUUUGAUAUUACUUAUGCUGUUGGUGUCUUGUCAAGAAAUCUUCAAAAUCCAAGAAAGAUUCAUUUACAAGCUGCUAAGAAAGUUGUUAAAUAUUUAAUUUCUACUAAAGAUUUAGCAAUUAAUUAUUCACCAGGUUGUUCUGAAUUAGUUGGUUAUUCUGAUGCUGAUUAUGCUAAUUGUUUGAAGUCAAGAAGAUCAACUACUGGCUUUAUGUUCAAGUUUGCUAAUGGACCAAUUACAUGGAGAUCAAAAUUACAACCAACUGUUGCGUUAUCAACUACCGAAGCAGAAUUCAUGGCUGUCACAGAGUCCACAAAAGACGGUUUAUGGUGCCUAAUGGUAUUAAAGGAUUUAGGUAUUGAGUUAAAGGAGUUUGUGAUAUAUAAUGAUAAUCAAGGUGCUUUGAAACUUCUACAACAUCCAUCAUUUCAUCAUAAGACUAAACAUAUUGAUACUAGACAUAUGUUUAUUAGAGACCAUACUGCUUCUGGUACUGUUAAGCUUGAAUAUUUGGAAACUGGUGUACAAGUUGCUGAUUUGUUAACUAAAGCAAUUGCUGCUCCUCAAUUUAAUAAGUUAUUGGAUUUAUGUUAG